AAAACUCUGAAAUAAUCAAUUUAUUAAUUAAAAUUUACGUAGAAUUUAUUUUUACAAGAAUUUUUAAUUUUAUGAAAUUGGUUGGAGAUCGCCAUUUUCGAGUGGUUUAGAUUUUAUCAACCAGAUGUUCCCAGCAGAAGCAUAUCUACUUGGACUUAAGCCACUAAUGCAAAAGAUUCAUCAUGAGAUGCAACGGAUUGAUGCUACCAUACUAGCUGCUGUUCGUCCACAGAGUGACUUGGGAACAACUGAGGAUCUUGAUGAUGCUACAUGUGCUGUGGAGGAACUUUCUCAUAAGAUUGACAGUGAACUUCGGCGGGUUGAUGCUACUCUAUUUGCUGCUAUUCGUCAACAGCGUAACUCGGUAAAUAAAGCUAAAGAAGAUCUUGCUAAUGCUACACUUGCUGCACGGGAACUCUCUCAUAAUAUUCAAGAGAUGAAUUCUAAAGCUGAGAAAAGUGAAGCCACGGUCCAAGAAAAAUGCCGUGCCAUUAAGAAGUUAGAUUUUGCAAAGAAGAACAUAACCACGGUAAUCAAUCCCCUCCAUCGCCUCACAAUGGUAGUCUCUGCCGUUGUACAGCUUCAGGGGAUGGCGUCAAAUAGGCAAUACAAGGAGGCAGCUGCGCAGCUCGAGGCCGUAAACCAAUUAUUGAAUCAUUUCGAAAGGAAUUGGGAUGUUCCUAGCAUAACGGAUGUCAGAGAAAAGCUUGAGAAUAUAAAGCAAAUUCUUAAGUCUCAUGUAUUUUCUGAUUUUUCCAGUCUAGGUACUGGGAAAGAGACAGAGGACACAAAUUUUCUAAAGAAGUUAUCUCAUUCCUGCUUGGUUGUCGAUGCGUUGGAGCCAUCUGUGAGGGAAGAGUUGGUAAACAACUUUUGCAGCAAGGAUCUAAGCUCAUAUGAACAAAAAAUUAUAGGAGCUGAAUUGACAAAUUUGGAUGAAAUAAGGCGGAUAUACAAUCAGAUAAAUUGUCAUAUCCGAACAAAUCAAGAAAUUUGGAAGAUUUUUCCUGCUUCGUGGCAUGUGCCUUAUGGACUCUGCAUCAAGAUCUGCAAGAUAACAAGGGGCCAAGUAGAAUCUAUUCUGGUCAAUAUGAAAGGAAAGCCAGCUGUAGCGAGAUUGCUUCAGGAACUGGAAAGGACGCUAAAGUUUGAACUGGAACUUGAAAUGAAAUUUGGUGGUGGUGUUCCUACUAAGCAUAUUGGAGAUGACAUUGAGGAAACUGUUGACGGAGAAAGUUAUAGUCCGAAUGUAUCCGAAAUUCACAUGAAGUUUGCUGCUAAUCACGACUUGGUGGAAACUAUUAACUUGCGUGGAAUUAUCUCUUCUUGCUUCGAGCCUCAUUUAACCCAUUAUAUUGAGGAGGAACUUAUGCAGUACCUGGAAAAAGUUGUUCAGGAGGAAACAUGGGAUACUGAUGAGGAAAAUCUAAAUAAUAUUUUAUCUAGCAGUAGAGAGUUGUUUUUGGCUAUAAAGAAUAGCUAUGACAAGUGUAAAGCUCUGACUAAGAACCAGACUUUAUUCAAUUUAUUCAAGGUCUUUCAACGAGUUCUACAAGCCUAUGCUACAAAGCUGUUUUUUAAGCUCUCCAAAGGAGGCACUUGUAAACAGAUAAAGGUCUCGGGGAUAGAUGAAAGGUUGAUAUGUUACAUAGUUAAUUCUGCUGAGUAUUGCCGCAAAACAUCUGGUGAUUUGGCAGACGAAGUCUCGACAAUUAUUGACCCGCAUUAUGCAGAUGGUGUAGACAUGUCAGAGGUCCAGGAUAAAUUUUCGUGCGUCAUAACGAAAGCAUUGAUGACACUAGUCCGUGGACUGGAAACUAAAUUUGACACAGAAAUGCAAGAGAUGGAAUGUGUUUCAUGGGGCACACUUAAGAGUGUUGGUGACCAUUCUCAGUAUGUAAAUGGAAUAUAUACAAUCCUUAACAACAGUGUUCCUGUCCUUGGGAAACUUCUAACACCAGUCUACUUCCAAUUCUUCCUGGAAAAGUUGGCAUCAUCCCUUGGACUACGGUUCUAUGCUAAUAUUUUCAGAUGCAAGAAAAUAUCAGAAACUGGAGCUCAGCAGAUGUUGCUUGAUACGCAAGCCAUGGAGAUGAUUCUUUUAAAAGUUCCAUCUCUUGACAGACAGACUGUAAGUGCUGCGAGCUAUUCGGAAUUCGUGAAGCGUCAAAUGAGCAGGGCUGAAGCAGUCCUAAAGGGUCUUACGAAAGCCAAUCAGCAGAGUGUACUUGAUGACUUCAAUAAGCAUGCCCCAAGAAUCACUCAGCCUUCGGUUGCAGCAGAAAUGCCACAACCGGUUCCAAUCCCACCUGCACCGCCAUUGGAAAUCAUAGCAAACAGUGAGGAUGUUACAACCAGACUUGCAACCGCUAGCUAUUAGGUUCUUAUACUUCAUAUUGAGACUUUACAGAACAAUACAAAGCAACCCACACUUGCAUAUAAACUUGGGUGUUGAUG